AGACAGUCAGCAAUGGAGCCGUCUGCAGGCGACAAAGCCCGGAGCGCAGCUGAUUCUCCGCACAGCGCGCACAGCAGCUCUGCAGGAACAACCCAGGAGAAACAGCACAAGCUGGGGAUGAAGCAACCCCCUCCACAUGGAUUCAAACUUCACAACAAACCAUUUUAAAGAUUCUCCUGGUGUGAUCGUGUGACGGUGUGACUCGGUUUGGGAUCUGAUGCAUGUCACGGGGCUAUGGUGAGGCCAUGGGCACAGGUUGGUGUGAGAAGAGGUGCGCCACAGUCGGUGGUGGAAGAGGGAAAAUUACUAGACUGGACCUCUGCUCAUGGCUGUGUGUGUCACUCAUGUUCUCAGCUCUGUUGGGUCAAGCGACCCUGCAGUGCCCGGACAGGUGUCACUGUGCUUGGGACACCUUCACUGUGGUGUGCUCAGAUGCUGGGCUGCGGGAGAUCCCAGACGGGAUCCCAGCAGAGACAGUCUCUCUCCACCUGGAACGCAACUAUAUCCGGAGCAUCCCAGAGAGUGCCUUCAGCCACUUGGUCCACCUGCAGGAUCUUUAUCUUUCUGACAACCGGAUUGACUCUCUCUCUACUGGAGCCCUGCGCCACCUGGGACCCAAGCUGCGCCUGCUGGACCUUUCAUAUAACCAGCUGAGCCACGCCAGCAGGGAGGAGUUUGGCUCCACCCGAGCAAAGACACGCCUCUUCCACAAUCCCUGGCACUGUGACUGCACCCUGCAGGAGCUGAUGGAGACUCUGAACCUGGAGGCCGAGUCGGUGAACGAGAUCAUCUGCAAGAGCUCUGUGCGGGGGGUGGGUGAGGGAAGCAGGUGGGAGGACCCGGGUUCACAAGGCGAGCACGCCGGCCAGCCGCUGGUCAAACUUCUAGAUUCUGGGGUGAAUUUUUGCAGCCUGCAGAGAAAAACCACAGACGUGGCCAUGCUGGUGACCAUGUUUGUGUGGUUCUUUAUGGUCAUCGUGUAUGUCGUGUACUACGUUAGGCAGAACCAAGCCGAGGCCCGGCGGCAUUUGGAAUACUUGAAGAGUUUACCCAGCCCACGCAAGACCCCUACCGAGACAGACACUCUGAGCACUGGUUUCUGA